AUGAUGGAGGUGGGCAUGGCGAUGGCGAUGAAGGUGCUGCUAAGCCUAUGCUGCGUGGGGGCGUGCUCCCUCGCGCUCUACCUCUACCACACCGUCUGGGUGGUGCCGCAGAGGCUUCUUGCUGGGUUCAGGAGGCAGGGCAUCGGCGGCCCGCGCCCGUCUUUCCCUUACGGCAACAUCGCCGACAUGAGGGAGGCGGUCGCCGCCGCAAAGUCGGCUCCCCGAGCCGGCGGCCGCAUCGUCCACGACUACCGCCCAGCCGUGCUGCCCUUCUACGAGAAAUGGAGGAAAGAGCAUGGUCCAGUGUUCACUUACUCCAUGGGGAACGCGGUGUUCCUUCACGUGAGCCGGGCAGACGUGGUCCGGGACAUCAACCUCUGCGUCUCGCUGGAUCUCGGCAAGAGCUCCUACCUAAAGGCCACGCACGAGCCACUGUUUGGCAGGGGCAUCCUCAAGUCCAACGGCGAGGCAUGCGCCCACCAGAGGAAGAUCAUUGCGCCCGAGUUCUUUCUCGACAAGGUCAAGGGAAUGGUGGAUCUGAUGGUAGAUUCUGCACAAACACUGGUCGAGUCAUGGGAAACUCGGGUGGACAAAAGUGGCGGCACUCUAGACAUCAAGAUUGACGACGACAUACGAGCCUACUCUGCAGAUGUCAUCUCCAGGACAUGCUUCGGAAGUAGCUACGUCAAAGGAAAGAAGAUCUUCUUGAAGCUCAGAGAGCUGCAGAAGGCCGUGUCCAAGCCAAAUGUGCUAGCUGAAAUGACUGGCCUAAGGUUCUUUCCUACCAAGAAGAACAGGCAGGCGUGGGGGCUUCACAAGCAAGUGCACAGGCUGAUACUAGAGAUCGUCAAGGAAAGCGGGGAGGACAAGAAUUUACUGCGUGCGAUCCUUCACAGCGCAAGCAGCAACAAGGUGGGGCUCCGCGAGGCAGAGAACUUUAUAGUGGACAACUGCAAGAGCAUAUAUUUUGCAGGAUACGAGAGCACAGCUGUAACAGCUGCCUGGUGCCUAAUGCUCCUUGGCCUGCACCCAGAAUGGCAGGACCGGGUCCGCCAAGAGGUCCUGCACGUCUGCGGGGGGCGUCCACUAGACUCCCAAUCACUUCACAAAAUGAAGAAUCUGACGAUGGUGAUUCAGGAAACCCUGAGGCUGUACCCAGCAGGCGCCUUUGUGUCAAGGAUGGCCCUUGAGGAACUCAAGCUCGGGGGUGUGCACAUCCCAAAAGGCGUCAACAUCUACAUCCCUGUCUCCACAAUGCACCUCGACCCCAAGCUGUGGGGUCCUGAUGCCAAGGAGUUCAACCCGGCACGCUUCUCCCACGCUCGACCCCAGCUCCACUCUUACUUGCCCUUUGGCGCCGGCGCUCGGACCUGCCUCGGCCAAGGGUUCGCCACGGCGGAGCUCAAGAUACUCAUAUCUCUCAUCAUCUCCAAGUUUGCGCUCAACCUCUCGCCGCUCUAUCACCAUUCCCCAGCACUGCUUCUUCUACUACUACAUACUAAGAGAGCAAACAAAACGCAAACCUCUGUCCAACUUGCAACACAAAAUACACGAAUGAGUCAAUCAUCCUUCUCCCGUAGCUUGAUCAUCAUCUGA